AGGGAGGGGUGGGCUCAGCUUUCUCAGCCAUGUGUUUUGAGAGAUCACUACAAAAUAGCCCAAGGGGUGUACUGUGAGAAAGCCAAAUAAAAACUGGACAGAGAGCAUUCAUCAGUUCCACAUGAAAGAUCUAACAAAAGCUGGGAUCAUUGGAAUUAGUGUUGGUGGUCUCAGUUCUUCCCUCUUUGGAAUGCAGACAUGCACAUUUGAAUGUGAUAAUCAGUUGGUGUGUGAUUAUUUUAUUACCAACCCAAAAGGCAGUGGUUAGACAAGCAGGUCACCUAUUCACAUCUGCCUUGCCCUGGAGUCUGCAACACGACUGGGAAUUUCCCACUGCUCUGUCAACUGCAUCAUUGAUGACCUCUGUAAAGUGGUAAACAGGGCUGGUCCCACAAAUGAUGUCUGUAACACCUAGAAGGGAAUAAGGAAGCACUUUCAAAAAUUUUCCUACAUACUUUACCCCCAAAGAGCCCAGGAGUUAAAAGCGCCUCGGUCACUGGAUGAUUUUGUUUUGUACUUUGUGAGCCUAAGAGCUAAAGAAAUUAACAACAGCUACUGCAGGUGAGGUUGACGGCAAUGGAUCACCCUCACCUGUAUACUCCACAGCGCUUUAAGGUUGCUUACGAAAGAGCUGGCCAGUACCCAAGAUUUCAGCAGCCCAGAAGGAGAAGCGGCUCAUUCAAAAGGAAAGGGAUUGAAAGAUGGCAUAAAGCUGUGUCUACCAACUUAAUAAAACAAAAUGUAUUGGUCCCCAGAGAGGAGUCAUCCAGUGUUAGUGACAUGGAAUUUCACAAGAGCCAGCAAAAUCAGAAGAAAAAUUUGGUGAGGAAAGUGAGGACUGUUUGGGGGAGGAUGCUGUCACACACGUACAGAAGCAAGCCAGCAAGUGUCAACAAAGAGGGUGCCCCUAACCACAAGGAAACCCUCCUUCCAAAUACACAGAGCCUUCUUCUUAGAAUUGUCAAGGAGCUUCCAUCGCCCAAGUUAUUUACCAAACCAAGAAUGAGAAAGCUCUCCCAGAAUGCAACUACACAACUUGACGUUGUCGAAGCAGAGACAGAGGCGAUAACCCAAGGAAAUACACUCCUCUGAGCCAGGAGAACCGCCAAGCGUGUAUCUGUGACAUCACUUCCUUCAGGAAUGCAAAAGGUUCCAUAUUCAUCAAAAAAGAGACCACACUUUCCAGUAUUUAAAAGAAAGAAGCACAGCAUGGAAAACAUUCUCAGGAAAUCAGAUUUGACAGUGGCAAAGCUUCAAAUGCAGGUGGAUGACCUCAUAGAAACAGUGACAGAUAAAUCCAUGAAGUUAUUGGCCCAAAGACAUGCUGAACUUCAACACUCUGAGUUUCUAGGGGAUGAAGUUCUUAAGUCUUCCAAGCAGUUCCAGAGGAUGUCCAAGCGAACCAUGAGAAAGUAUAAACUGAAAAAUGUAUGUUUCCCAUACCUGGUGCUGCUUCUGAUUCUGUUUCUGAUGGCAUAAAAGUUAUGUUCAUAGGGAUUCUUAUCUUUUGGUACAUAAUCCUGAAUAAAUUUCUCUUAAUCAA